AACGAUGUCGGGAACACGCUGUGGUGACGGACGACCUCAUCCAUUCGUUCUAUUGCAGUGGGGGAUCUGAAGCGACAGGAUCACAAUCAGGUCACAAGUCCCCCGAGCGCGGCCUCGCAGCAGGCAGCAUGGGGAUGCUGGGUUAUAUUCCUGAUCCACCCAAGCAAGCCAAUUUUUAGCAGAAAUACACAACGAACGCUGAAUACGGACGCAUGGAACUAAUUUCGACGGGCUGGGAAGAUUUUUGCGACACGAAAGCGCUUUCAACUAAGCCGUACCGCAGAUCCUUUGGCAUUAGCAACCUCGGCUUGCUACCCGUCUCCCAGCCGUCGCUGUCGCAUGCGGAAGCAGGGCUAGACGGCAAGCUGCAACGCAUCCGAUUCGCAAAAGACGUGUCGCCUGUAGGCGAUGCGCUCGUUGUCGAUGUCGUGGCUAACCAAGUAGAUGCGACCACCAAAAUCAGCAUCGUCGUUUCGUGGCGCGAGGGCUCGGUGAAGGACAAGCAGGCCCCUCUGUUCAUUGCCGCCUUGUUUGUGGCUUUGCGCUUGCUUGCUUCUGUUGAUGAGCAGGGUGAUCCCGUUCUGGACAUUGAGAUAGCACAGGAGAAAAUGACGGCCUUUUGUCAUAUUGUCAGGCUGACUUGUCGAACAAGGAAAGAGCGGGUUCGAGGAGGGAUAGAGCUCCAGUUGGUAUACCGUGGAACUCAACAAGAAGGACGCAUUGAUCACUAAUGAGAUGUCUCCUUGAGUAAUUAACUACCUGCUUUGCAAUUACAUGCUGUACGUCCAU